CGAUAAGAGCAAGUAAAAAUGGCCGGUCGAAGUGUCAUACCGAUAUUUCGAGGCGGCAGAUCAAUUCGAGCUUUUCAAAGAACCUCCGGGCAUGCAGUGCAAAAAAGGCCUCUUAGUAAUGGAACGAUUCCACCCCUAAACCAUCCUCUACCGAACAUGCCAGGUCCUCCGCCUGAAAUGGUAAGCGGGACAGAAUGGCAGAGUAGACACGAUCACGUAACUCAUGUCACCACGCUUGAAAAUGGAAUAAAAGUAGCUUCAGAAGAUUCUUUUGGCCAGUUUUCCACAGUUGGUGGUAAGUUAAAUUUAUAGAAAUGAAGCAAUCUUUGAGAUCGCAUUUAAGUUAAAAGGUUUACAGUCUGCUGUCAUAUUUUGGUGUCACACGUGGGAUCGGGAGAGGGGAAAGUUUUUUGUAAUACCGGGUCCAGAUUACAUCACCGAUAAGAUGGACAAAAAAACGUCAUUUUACAAAGUUGUGCUCUUUGUUUUUCAAAAAGGGAGCAUAAAUAGAGUGUCGUUCAGAAAGUAUAUUCAAAACUAUUCAUGGGGCUAUGCGGUAUAAUUUUCUCCGCCAGUACCAAGUGCGCCAGAAUGCAGAGUUUAGUAAGUGCACACACGAGCCUUUUUUAAAAGAGCUUAUUGCGCUUACCAAAAUCGUAGCAUUGCACGCGGCAGCGUUGGUCCUGAGAUUUGCACCUAACUUACAGGAGCGUUGCAUGAUAUUUUUUGCCAAAUCUACCCUAACCUUUCAGUUCUCCCACAUCACUUCCAUAUCCCUUCCUUUCACUUUUGCUUUCUCAUCAGUAUGGUGAGGUGAUUUACGAAUGAAUGGACUGGCAAAUUGUCUGUACUCUUGUUUGUCGCCCUUCUUUUGAGUGAACUGAAUGGUAAAGCAUGAACAUACUAGGGAGGUCAGGGGGGCAUGCUCCCCUGGGAAAAUUGGAAAUUUAGGUCCUCUAAAAUAGCUGGAAAUGGGCCUAAAACUCCCAUCCUUCUAAUACUGAGUCUCUCCGCGGUGCACACAGCUAAAAUUGGCUCUGCACGCACAAGAUCUCGUCAAAUUUUGCCAUACUCUGCAGACUGUCUGACCGACCUCACCACCCCAGACAUAACCCGUUUAAUUGAUGAAAAAGUCGCUAGUUUCCAUGGGGCGGGGAUGGGGGGAAUACUCAGGUCAAUUUUCACUCAGUAUGUGCUGCUGGCCUCUCAGAACCCCUAUCCCAUAAUUUAUAGUCAAUCGUUUGGCCAAUAAUUGAAUCCAUCUAAGUCUCUUUUGGGCAAAUGUAACUUACUUUGCCACUUUCUGUUUAUGCAUAUACCUUAUAAAGCCUAGUAAGUCUGUCGUACUAAAAAAUGAAUUGACACAAUUUUUUUUUUCAUAUUCCUAGAUUUUUCCAAAAAUAUUUCCAAAAAUUUUCUUCUCCCCAAAAUCCGGAAAAUAUACUACCCAGUUAUGAAAAUGCGACCCCAUCCAGUGGCACAUCCCCAUUACCCUAGGAAAUACCCUUCCCAGAAGCUUUGAAGAAGCUAGUUCUGUGUGAAGAGAAAUUUGAUGCUGACAAAACUGACCUGGUUGGACAGUUGGAACUGACUGAUCUGGUGCAUUACUUGGAAGGCAAAUAUCUUGUGUAUAUCCAUGUUGCUAAGUUUUUAUAAUUAUAAUAUUGUUAUUGUUAUUAUAAUAUUUAUCCAGAGAGCCCACUUACCUUAGCGGUUUUCAGUGGGGCGCUGCAAAUUCUAAUUAAAGUUGCUACUGUGUAGCAUGAAAAUUUUGCGGGAGUUUUAUUUUGCGGAUUGGCGAUUUUUUGUGGUUUGUGGGAACAAAUUUUUGGAAUGACUUUUUUGGGGGGAGCUUGGAAGGAUUUUUGGGGGAGCAUUAUUUAUCUUCUUUGCAGUGCAGACAGACUUGUCAGCCAAAUACAAGCAGAGUAAACUCUCUGAGGUGCAGCCUUACUCAUCUAAGAAGUGCUCUGAUCUUUGUGAAUAUCAUGCUUCAAACGAGGAAAAGAGGACAGUGAUGAGAGUUUAUGGCUAAUAUGCUCUUGUAAUUGCAUUACAGUUGUCAUUGAUGGUGGUUCAAGAUAUGAAGUAGACUAUCCCUCUGGAUUAUCUCAUUUACUUGAGAAACUCUCAUUUCAGGUAUGGAUCAUUUUGUUAGAUUGUAUUUUUUAACAACUUUUUCUUACAAGAAUUAUCCUACACAAUGAUUCAUUAACGUUGGUUAUAUUCCUAGCUACACUGUAGUCUUUUGUUGAUUUAGUUGAUAUUAACAUUAUAUUUUGUCGGGAUAUUGGGCUUUCAUAUCAAAUAUAAACCCUUCGAUGGGGACACUCCUACUUAGCUAACUAUAACAAAAAAUGAAUAUUGCAGAGCACAGUUAAAUUUCAAAGUAAUGAUGAUAUUAUGCAAGAGUUGGAAAAGUAUGGAGGGAUGGCUGACUGCACAUCAUUCAGGUAAUUGAUUUGACAUUUAUUUCCUGAACAUUUCUUUUGACUUUUUGAUGCCUUAUGUUAGUAAAGCUGGAACUAAAAUAAUGCCAGUCUUUUCAGUUUGUUUGACAGUUUGUUGGUCAUGACAGAUAACAUCGCCCUUAAGCAGGAUGGAUAGUUUUUGAUACCUUGGUGGUGUUUUAUAUGGACCACCCUCUGUCUUUGAAAGAGCUCAUAGCAGCUCUUUGUGAGAGAAAUUUUAGCUCUCCUCUAGACUAGCUCUACAGUGCUGUGUGUGUAAUGCGCUACCAAAAUCUGCAUGUUUAACGUUAGACUGUUCACAGUCUCCUAUUUUCCUGUAAGAUCAUCAAGAUCGAGCGCUUCAUGUUACAGGCUGUCAUCUUCCAUGAGUGUCAAAACUACUUAGGGGGCAGGGGGAGGUUUGGGAGGAAGUGAGAAAAAUAGAGGGGCUAUAAUAACAUCACUGCAGCUCGCAUUCAGGAGGCAUGGCAGGAAUUUCAUGUCAGUUUAGUUUAUCUCAGAUUCAUAAUCCUUCCUUGCCUUUCCAGGAGGAUUAAGAAGCCAAAAAAUAUGAUCUCUGUAUAAAACAGGUGAUCAUAAAAUAUUAGUUGGGAUAACACUAAACAUUAAAAAUAUUUAGUUAAUUAUGUGUAACCAUAGUGAUAGUGAUCUUUUCAAAUGUGAAGAUGUUUUAGCACAAAAGUUCACCAGAUGUUUGAAUGGUUUUUAACAGAGAUGCAAUUAUUUAUGGGGCAUCUUGCUUUACAAGUGGUCUUCCCAUGGUCAUGGAGGUUCUCUCAGAGGGUGUCCUGCAGCCCAAGCUAAUGGAUGAAGAGGUAGAAAAAGCUACUAAUAAGAAUACCAUUAUUUAUGCAAAAAACCGUUUGUUCUGAUUGGCUCAAAUUUCUUGGUUAUUUUUUUUUUCGCUACCAAUCACCAAUUAUGCUACAGUGGGACCUCAAUAUAAUGAAGGGCCAAGGAACUGGCAAAACGUAUUAUAACAAGGUUCCAUUAUAUCAAGGGACUUUUCCAUAUAAUUUACUGUUACUGGAAGCAUUGCACGCGGCAGCGUUGGUCCUGAGAUUUGCACCUAACUUACAGGAGCGUUGCAUGAUAUUUUUUGCCAAAUCUACCCUAACCUUUCAGUUCUCCCACAUCACUUCCAUAUCCCUUCCUUUCACUUUUGCUUUCUCAUCAGUAUGGUGAGGUGAUUUACGAAUGAAUGGACUGGCAAAUUGUCUGUACUCUUGUUUGUCGCCCUUCUUUUGAGUGAACUGAAUGGUAAAGCAUGAACAUACUAGGGAGGUCAGGGGGGCAUGCUCCCCUGGGAAAAUUGGAAAUUUAGGUCCUCUAAAAUAGCUGGAAAUGGGCCUAAAACUCCCAUCCUUCUAAUACUGAGUCUCUCCGCGGUGCACACAGCUAAAAUUGGCUCUGCACGCACAAGAUCUCGUCAAAUUUUGCCAUACUCUGCAGACUGUCUGACCGACCUCACCACCCCAGACAUAACCCGUUUAAUUGAUGAAAAAGUUGCUAGUUUCCAUGGGGCGGGGAUGGGGGGACUACUCAGGUCAAUUUUCACUCAGUAUGUGCUGCUGGCCUCUCAGAACCCCUAUCCCAUAAUUUAUAGUCAAUCGUUUGGCCAAUAAUUGAAUCCAUCUAAGUCUCUUUUGGGCAAAUGUAACUUACUUUGCCACUUUCUGUUUAUGCAUAUACCUUAUAAAGCCUAGUAAGUCUGUCGUACUAAAAAAUGAAUUGACACAAUUUUUUUUUCAUAUUCCUAGAUUUUUCCAAAAAUAUUUCCAAAAAUUUUCUUCUCCCCAAAAUCCGGAAAAUAUGCUACCCAGUUAUGAAAAUGCGACCCCAUCCAGUGGCACAUCCCCAUUACCCUAGGAAAUACCCUUCCCAGAAGCUUUGAAGAAGCUAGUUCUGUGUGAAGAGAAAUUUGAUGCUGACAAAACUGACCUGGUUGGACAGUUGGAACUGACUGAUCUGGUGCAUUACUUGGAAGGCAAAUAUCUUGUGUAUAUCCAUGUUGCUAAGUUUUUAUAAUUAUAAUAUUGUUAUUGUUAUUAUAAUAUUUAUCCAGAGAGCCCACUUACCUUAGCGGUUUUCAGUGGGGCGCUGCAAAUUCUAAUUAAAGUUGCUACUGUGUAGCAUGAAAAUUUUGCGGGAGUUUUAUUUUGCGGAUUGGCGAUUUUUUGUGGUUUGUGGGAACAAAUUUUUGGAAUGACUUUUUUGGGGGGAGCUUGGAAGGAUUUUUGGGGGAGCAUUAUUUAUCUUCUUUGCAGUGCAGACAGACUUGUCAGCCAAAUACAAGCAGAGUAAACUCUCUGAGGUGCAGCCUUACUCAUCUAAGAAGUGCUCUGAUCUUUGUGAAUAUCAUGCUUCAAACGAGGAAAAGAGGUCAGUGAUGAGAGUUUAUGGCUAAUAUGCUCUUGUAAUUGCAUUACAGUUGUCAUUGAUGGUGGUUCAAGAUAUGAAGUAGACUAUCCCUCUGGAUUAUCUCAUUUACUUGAGAAACUCUCAUUUCAGGUAUGGAUCAUUUUGUUAGAUUGUAUUUUUUAACAACUUUUUCUUACAAGAAUUAUCCUACACAAUGAUUCAUUAACGUUGGUUAUAUUCCUAGCUACACUGUAGUCUUUUGUUGAUUUAGUUGAUAUUAACAUUAUAUUUUGUCGGGAUAUUGGGCUUUCAUAUCAAAUAUAAACCCUUCGAUGGGGACACUCCUACUUAGCUAACUAUAACAAAAAAUGAAUAUUGCAGAGCACAGUUAAAUUUCAAAGUAAUGAUGAUAUUAUGCAAGAGUUGGAAAAGUAUGGAGGGAUGGCUGACUGCACAUCAUUCAGGUAAUUGAUUUGACAUUUAUUUCCUGAACAUUUCUUUUGACUUUUUGAUGCCUUAUGUUAGUAAAGCUGGAACUAAAAUAAUGCCAGUCUUUUCAGUUUGUUUGACAGUUUGUUGGUCAUGACAGAUAACAUCGCCCUUAAGCAGGAUGGAUAGUUUUUGAUACCUUGGUGGUGUUUUAUAUGGACCACCCUCUGUCUUUGAAAGAGCUCAUAGCAGCUCUUUGUGAGAGAAAUUUUAGCUCUCCUCUAGACUAGCUCUACAGUGCUGUGUGUGUAAUGCGCUACCAAAAUCUGCAUGUUUAACGUUAGACUGUUCACAGUCUCCUAUUUUCCUGUAAGAUCAUCAAGAUCAAGUGCUUCACGUUACAGGCUGUCAUCUUCCAUGAGUGUCAAAACUACUUAGGGGGCAGGGGGAGGUUUGGGAGGAAGUGAGAAAAAUAGAGGGGCUAUAAUAGCAUCACUGCAGCUCGCAUUCAGGAGGUGUGGCAGGAAUUUCAUGUCAGUUUAGUUUAUCUCAGAUUCAUAAUCCUUCCUUUCCUUUCCAGGAGGAUUAAGAAGCCAAAAAAUAUGAUCUCUGUAUAAAACAGGUGAUCAUAAAAUAUUAGUUUGGAUAACACUAAACAUUAAAAAUAUUUAGUUAAUUAUGUGUAACCAUAGUGAUAGUGAUCUUUUCAAAUGUGAAGAUGUUUUAGCACAAAAGUUCACCUGAUGUUUGAAUGGUUUUUAACAGAGAUGCAAUUAUUUAUGGGGCAUCUUGCUUUACAAGUGGCCUUCCUAUGGUCAUGGAGGUUCUCUCAGAGGGUGUCCUACAGCCCAAGCUAAUGGAUGAAGAGGUAGAAAAAGCUACUAAUAAGAAUACCAUUAUUUAUGCCAAAAACCGUUUGUUCUGAUUGGCUCAAAUUUCUUGGUUAUUUUUUUUUUUGCUACCAAUCACCAAUUAUGCUACAGUGGGACCUCAAUAUAAUGAAGGGCCAAGGAACUGGCAAAACGUAUUAUAACAAGGUUCCAUUAUAUCAAGGGACUUUUCCAUAUAAUUUACUGUUACUGGGGUAAAGAAAAUUAUCUGUAAUACCAAGGACUUUAUGAUAUAGAGGUUCGUUAUCUCAAGGUUCCACUGUAUUAGGGAGCUUAUGAAUCAAUCAAUUCCAAGUGCACCCAUGCCCCCUUCAGGAUAAUUAGCAUUUUUUUGCCUUACAUGGCAAAUUCCUGGGGGCGAGGGCACUUGAGCUGCCAAAUUCUCAACGGCAGGGCCAAAAAAAAGAGGGCAAAUGCCCCAUCCUCAAUCAACACUGCAGCACUUUUCAGUGAUUGCACUGUCAAGUAGUGCAUUUUAAUGUGCGAUUUUUUUGUUUUGGUUAACAUAGCACCAUUCUAACAGAGGCUUGACACAUGAUAACGCCACUUCAUGAUUCUUAUCUUAUUAUUGUUGUUUAUCUUCAUUUGAAUACUACGUUGCCUAGUGCACUGUAUUAAAAGUUAUCUGACCUGAAUAGUUUAAUAACAUUAGAAAGUAAAGGAAGGUCCUUGAAUAAGAGAUACGGUAGAUCGUAGUAGAAUUAGAAAUAUCAUCACUGCUAAAUUUAUUUAAAUCCUAGAUCAACAGUAAUUUCAUUCCAUAACCAAAAAAAUGUGUCGAUUCAUGUCGAUAGUUCCCGACUUCUGGCUUGAUAAGCAAAGAAAAGCAGGCAUAAAAUUGAGAAAACAUACCUUUAAAAACUUUAACAAGUCUUUCCCUUUUCAGAUUGGCCGAACUUUGAAUCUGUUUGUGCUUCCAGUAAAAUCCACCAUGUUUAGUUAUGUUUGGAUAGGGAUGCACGUACGAGCAACGGGAGAACGGGGGUGGCCCUGGGGUUGGCAAGGAUGCACCUGGAAUUGACUGAUGCAUUAUUUGAAGACGUUUUUUAGUGACAUUGUUCAAACUCUAAAACUGAUUUUCUUUGCAACCUGUAUUGAUGCGAAUUAUGGCUUCUAGACAAGAGGAAAUUUUGUUAAAUACCAAGCCAGCAAUUGUCCUGGAAAAAGGAGUUUUAAGAUUAUGGAUUGGUUGAUAAAUAAUAAUUUAUUUACUUAAACGUAAAAUUAAUAAUGUUAAAUUUAUACAGAAAAGGAACAGCCUUCUUUGUGGGUUUUUAUAUAUAUAGUUAAUUUUGUUACCCAGUAUUCCGUUUUUCUUGUGUGUUUAAUAAAUGUUUUAAUUACUUUUAAUCACAGAUUGAAGAACAAAAAAUGGUUGUCCAGUUUGAACUUGAAAACUUAGAAAUGAGACUUGAUCCAGAACCCGUCCUAACAGACUUAAUCCAUGCUGUGAGUUGAAAUUUUUCAACAUUUAUUUUUUAGUUUGGUAUCUUUUAUAAAAUUUCAUGUACUACGCAGUUUUCUAAAGUAAAGUAUUUUGCAUCUGAUCCCGUUCAAAAUCGCAGAGUCCACGUUGCUAUUUUAGCACUGAAUUACAAAUUAAGCCCCGAAAAAAACCUUCAGGGGUUAAACGAAAUUCGAACCCAUGACCUCUGUAUUAGCGCUACAGUGCUUUACCAACUGAGCUAAGAAGGCCUACAGUGUACUAAAUCCCCUGUUUAGAGACUUUUAAAGUUAAGGUCCUGGAGAUUUCACCUCUGUAGUUAGGACAUCUUCAGGAGGAAUAAACAUUCUAGAGACGAGAGUCAAAUUUAUUAUACCCAGAGGUACAAAACGUCUUUAUCUUGCUGUCACUCUUUCCUUACUUUUACAGUUGUUUUUUUUUUCUUUAUUUGUAGGCUGCUUUUCGCGAAAACACUUUAGGAUUACCCAAAUUAUGUCCUCCAGAGAACAUCGGAAAGUUUAGUUCUUCUAUACUGCGACACUACUUAAGCAGAUAUUAUCAGCCGUCCAGAAUGGUUAUAGCUGGAGUUAACGUGGAUCAUCAGCAUCUUAUAGACUUAACAAAAACUUUUUUUGUUGAGAGGAAACCUGUUUGGUACAAAGAAGGACAAGAACUAGAAAGUCCUGACCGAUCUAUAGCUCAAUACACUGGAGGUAUUGUCAAGGUACUUAUCGCCGACUAUCAGCCUCCUUAAGAUUUUUGACAACGGCGACGCCUAUGAAAACGACGCCUUUAGACUGACUUCGUGUCCUUUCAAACUUUUCUGUUGUUUUCAAAAUUUUUUCGGCAAAAAAAUGGGAGACUAAGUUAGAUCUAAGAGAGAGGAACGCGUCCGAGCGGGGCCGGACAAUCAGCGAGCCAGGCGCCGAGCCAUGGGAAAAAAUAAAGUUUUAUGAAAUUGCAAAAUAAAGAAAAAUGAUUCCUGCUACUGCUGUAGUUCCCUAUGGUUAUGUGAGGUUUUGCUGCUGGAACGUUCGCAGAAAAACUUAGUCUUCGUCGACUUUCACUGAUUAAGGUUGAGCGCUCCUGAUUUUACUGACUAUAGGGUUAAACACUUAUUUUACGGAUUAGGGUUAUGCGCUGUUUAGGGUUAAACACUCAUUUACAACGGUUAGCUUUCAGAUAUUUUUCCCGUAUUGCUGCCUUUUGCGAUUUGUGUAAUAUUUUCGCAUGGCUUACUGGCUCGCACUGCGGCCUAACUCGUCCAAGCUCGAGCUUAGUUAUACAUACGCCUUACCGCUCACGUUCUCCAUAGGGAGCUUAAGAUUCGACGACGGCGACGGCAACGGGAACGCCACAAAAGCAAUAGGUUUAAUUAGCAAAACAACAACUUUGCACGUGCAUCACGCUUUUUUGUACAUUUCUUUGCCGUCACUGCACGACUACGACGUGAAAAUGCCUAAUUUCACGAUGUACAGAGGAAGUACACAAGCGACGACGAAAUUUCCUCUCUCCUUCUGAAUUGGAUAUGGUUCUUAGGAAUUCGACUCUAGGAGGUUUCGCCUACAUUUGACAAAGUUAGUGACUUGGAGUAAUCGCGUGAAGAUUGAAAGAACGCGAAUACACUUUUUCAGCGACGCUUUCUCAGCCGUCGCCGUCCUCGGAUCUUAAGGUCCCUAAUUGGUCCGUAGUUGUGCAGGGACAGCAAAGAAAUUUACAGAAAAGCGUAAUGCACGUGCAGAGUUCAGUGCCCGUAUGGUCUGAUUGUUGUUUUGCUCACCACAUCUCUUGUUUUUCCUAUGUCUUUUGCUGCCAUCGCUGUCGUAGUUUCGUAAGCUUCCUGACUUCACAGCGAAAGUGUCACAUGUAAAGUGAAUUCGCGUCCCCUUUAAUCUUAUUCUAACUCACUUUAUUUUUCUAACGUGGACGAGUUUUCGUGGAGUCUAAUUUGUUGCUAGCUGCAUUCAAGUUCAGAAAGAGAAAGUAAAAAUUGCCAUCGUGCGUCAACGUCCUCUAAAAAAUGUUACAUUAGGAAAUUCCACGUCGUAGUUGUGCAGUGACUGCGAAGAAAUUCACCCAAAAGUGUAACAAGUGCAUAGUUGCUCUAUCAUGUUCUUGGUGCGUGUGUCGAUAACUUCAUACGUCUUCAGACUCCCUCGGGUUGUUUUUUAGAAAUUCUGGUUUUUCCCCUGUUCAUCCUGUAAACAUUAUCUUUAGUCAUGCCAUGAUUUGUGUGAGGGGCAACAAUUUCCGUGUUAUUUUGUUUCUUUUUCCCUGUAGGAUCACAGAACUGAGCCCCGGAUAAACCCUGGUCCCACACCUCUUCCAGAAUUGGCCCAUCUGUCUAUAGGUGUAGAAACUUGUCACUAUGACGAUCCAGAUUUCUUUGCUUUUACUGUUCUUAAUACUCUGUUGGGUGGCGGAGGAUCAUUUUCAGCCGGUGGACCAGGCAAGGGCAUGUACUCUCGUCUUUACUUGAAUGUUUUAAACAGAUACCACUGGAUUUAUUCUGCAACUGCCUAUCACCAUAGUUACGCUGACACUGGUUUGUUUUGUAUCCAUGGCAGCUGUCAUCCGUCUCAGGUGAGUGUUUUUAGCUUCCAACUGCAUGUAUGCAGUAUUAAAAAAGAAAAGUGAAAAGCGCACACGAGUCAAGCAGGACAUGUUGCCGAAUAGUGUCUUUAAAGUAAUACAUGCAAAUUUCACUUCUUUUCACUUGGGUUACUGGUUUUGGUUAAUGUUUAGCCAACCGUCAGCCGACCGUUGGUAAACCAUGGGUGAAAAAGUCAGUAAGGUGUUAUUUAAUUAUCAGUCGAUAGUUGGUUGUGGGCGGUUGUUCUUCACAAUUACCAAUAGUCCAUUUUCGAGUUCGCUAUGAACGCUGAAUUAAAGAAGUGAAGACGCAUUUUUUACAGCCUUGGCCUCAAUCUGAAGUAAUAUAUUCACAAAUUCCAACGAGAAAAAGACCUGUUUAUUACUCUGUCUAUUGUGUAUAUUCAAAUUUCAAACACUUACUUGCCAGAAUUUCUGAAUAUUUUACUUUACGUUGAGGCUAACCCUGUAUGAAUGUGUCGUUAAUGUUUAUAUUCAGCGGUAAUUUUUAAUUCGAAACUGGACUAUUAUCAGUAUCGCUACUCCUCCGUACGGAGCGGAUAUCCUGCAUUGUCCAUCGUAGGGGUACCCUUAGUAGUAUGUCGCCGGUACCAUUUAUACAUCUGAGUGAAGAGGACCACCACUGGAGCAAAGUUCUUGUCUUAGUAAACAACGCUACGAUUAGGCUUAAAUUAGGACCUACGGAUCUAAGGUUUUACGUGUUAACAGGCACUCAGUCACCUCGCUUUCAAUGUGAUAAAGAGUUUACUUGUGCCGUAGAUAGUUACCCUGGAUAAGUUCCUGAAUAGAGGAAUUGUUUCUAACCAGUCUACGAGUCAGAUUAUAAUCCGGAUACUGCAAUCCAAAAUUCCAUCUCCGGAUUCAUUUAGUAGCAAGCAGGAAACACACCAAUCUUAGAUUGCAGUGUGACUAAUUCGUGCCCUGAAAAGGAUGGCGCAAAUUGGUGUCUAAGUCUAUGUAUAUGUUGUAGUUAAUUUUGUUAUCUCAGGUAAUUUUUAUUUUUCUUUUGUUUCAACUUCAUCUGCCUCGUCCCCAGUCGCUCGCGAUCACUUUUUGGGGGAUAUUUGAGUUAAUUAUUAAGGAAAGAAGGGACGAAUGGGAAGGGGAGAAAAAGCCUCUUCUUUUCGUUCCCAUCACUCCCUGCUCGCGCUUUACGCUCAUUCUCAUCAUCCCCCUAUUGCGCUUGUCCCCAGCUCUCGCGGUCCAACUGAGCCUUGGGAAGCCUGUGGAGGAUGCAGCAAUUUCAUUAGCACUAGUUAUCAUACUGCCCCCCCCCCCCCUCCAGAAAAAAAAAGAGAAAAACAAAAAUUACUUGAGAUAAAAAAAUUAACUACAACAUAUGUAUAUAUAUACUCAUACACGUGCCCCUUGUGUUAACAAACAAAAACCUUUUGCAGAAGGCACAAGCACAGUUCGCGGUAUCUNUUUCUUUCCCUCACCCCCUCGCCGCGCUUUUUCCUCCUUCCCAUCAUACGCUCAUUGCGCUUUUCGCCACACCUCCGGGUUCAACUCAGCCUUGGGGAGCCUGUGGGGGGUGCAGCAAUUUCAUUAGCACUAUUUAUUAUAUUGGCCCCCCCCCCCCUCCAGAAAAAAAAAGAGAAAAACAAAAAUUACUUGAGAUAAAAAAAUUAACUACAACAUAUGUAUAUAUAUACUCAUACACGUGCCCCUUGUGUUAACAAACAAAAACCUUUUGCAGAAGGCACAAGCACAGUUCGCGGUAUCUUUUUAUUACAACAAUCCAAACAAUCUCGGUUUAGCUAAAUCUGAAACUGGAUCAACGAACUCCGCCAAAGUUCUGGAUAGAACUGUCCCUCCAUGAAGGGCCAUUUUUCAUGAUAGUGAUUCAGUUGAACUGUUCUGAAUAAAAACAAAGUUUCAACUUGAUUGGUCUCUAGUACUCAGACUCGUUAAACAUGUUUACAUUAUGGAGAGUGGAAGUAAUGUUUUAAAUUGUCAUACGCAUUUAAGUUACACUGUUUUAAAACUUUGCGUCUUUUGCAUUACUUUUUCCAGUUGAGAGACCUGACGCAGGUGAUUGUCAAAGAGUACUUUGCUCUCGUCAACCAUGAUAUAAAUGAGGUUUGUUUGUUCAUAGUCGAGUUCCUUGCAGUUCAAUUGUUCAAAACUCCGAAUGAACUCAGUACCAAGAAAUGAUGUGUCGGGUUAAGUGCAAUCCCUCUUUUUAUUAGGUCGAAGUUGCAAGAGCUAAGAAGCAACUCCAAUCUAUGUUGAUGAUGAAUUUAGAAUCAAGAAUUAUUGUAUUUGAGGAUAUAGGAAGGUGAGUCUUUUUAGUGCAGACUAGAGUGAUGACUUUUCCAUACUAUCAAAAUAUUUUCCUGUUCUGCAUUCCGGUCAAAACGUCUUUUAUUAAAACGAACAUCUUUCCACUGAAAUUACCGCGCAUCUUUUGUGGCGAUUUGGGUGAGAUAUCUUUUUUGGCUUGGAUUACUGAACGAUUGGCCUUGUUUCAGUCUCUCUAGAAACUUAGAUGGGUUAAUACUCUCAUAAGAGGACGAAUUUGAAGUUUUGAAUUUCUUUGUAGUUGUUGUUUUGCACCACUUAAAGUUUCAGCAGUCCAAAUUAUGAAAAAAUGAAAAGUUACACAAAAGUAAAUUUGUACACUACCUCCCAGAAGUAACUGCAUUGUGCAGACAUGCAAACGUAUCUCUAAGAAGUGAAGAAUCUUGCAUUAGCGUCAAUAACUAAAGUAGUGUCAGGAUAAAUAGAUAAAUUGUUUACUUUCAGCACAGGAGGAUUUGUGGAAAUGAGAAUCGGCGAUGGUGGCGAAAACGUCAUGUUUCAAAGUUCAUUUCACGUUUUACCACUCCGUUGUAGUCGUGCAACGACAGCAGAGUAGUGUACAAAAAAGCAUGAUACGCGUGCAGAGAUGUUUUUUUGCUAAUCAUUUUUACCGUUCUCGUUGCCACAUUUGUCGUCGUCGUUGCUCAAGCUCCCCAAUAUUAUAAGCUCAAUAACAUGUUCCUGUUAUCUUUUCAAUUUUAAGGCAAGUUCUUGGGCUCAACAAGAGGAAGUCAGCAAAAGAACUUUUCGACAGCAUUGGUUAGUUGUUAAUAUUUCAGUCUCUCCGUUCUCCUUUUGUGUUACGUUCAUUCAGUCUCCUCUCAUCAUCUUUUCUGUUUGCCCUUAUUUUUUCUUUUUCAGAAAACGUGACGGUUGAUGACAUUAGACGCGUGAGUUCCCGGAUGUUAGCGUCCCGGCCGUCUGUGGCAGCGCUAGGAAACCUGGCCACCCUCCCCAAAUAUGACGAUAUCCAACGUGCUUUUGCUAACCGUGGAAACUUCAGUGGCGCAUCACGUUUCUUCCGUUUUAAUUAAUGACUCGAUCGACGCGUAAAAUCACAAGCUUAACCAACACAAGCACAACAUGAUCCGGUCAUCUUUUGUCGAUAGCCUGAUAUCCGUGAGUGCUGCUUUUAGUAGUGGAAAUAUGGAAGGUCUUCUCUCUCUCGCUGUUUCCUGCAUAGGUUACACAAGUGCCAUACGCUCCCAAACUCCAAACUCGCGGAAGUAGCAUACGAAACGAAGACUCCAAGGAACUCAUCGUAGCAUGCGUAUCCACUUUUGGACCUUUUUUGCAGCUUAAGUGGAGGGUCUUGUGAGAAGGGAGCCGAUGGUUCUAGGAGCAAUAGAUCACUAGCGCGUGCAGCGAGUAUUGAAUGCAGAAAGAAAGAUUAUGUCCAGUCUAGGAUGU